CUAUCGCUACUGAAAGAAGGGAGGGGAAAUUGAAUAACCAACAGUCCACCCUUCCCUAUCCCCCACCCCCUCACCACAACGACCACCAAAGGGAAAAAAAAAACACCCUGAAUAUAACUGCUGAUGCUGGGAUAUUAUUCGAGUGGAGCUGUUGAGGCAGAGAGAGAUCUUGGCAUCUCGGCUCCUUUGUGGGAGUGCUGUUAGUGCAUGUAAGGGAAAUGGUGCAAUAUGAGAGCCAUUGACAACUGUUAGGCAGACUGCGUGUCUUUCCCCCUCCUCUAUAGUGCUCCAGGCAUUGGUUUUUUGAGGGACUUAUUUAUUUUGAGGUGUCAGGGUGUGUGCAUGUGUGUAUGUAUGCGUGUUGGGGGUGGAAGACAUUACUUUGGGGUUUUUCCCCCCUCAGCCUUUGUACCUGCAUUUUCCUUGCAUAUGGGAAGCACGUUUCAGAGGCUGUUUGGUUGCCAGAUGAAAUAAAGCACUGUUGAAAAAUCAGAUUGGGAGGCGACUGACCGAUUUACAUCCGGGAAGCAAAGCAGGGCGAGGAUGUCAACGGUAUGAAGCCGGAGGUUUUCUCCCUAGGGCUCUGGGUGCCUCUGGGCAGAGCGUUCUGUCCAUGGUGCUGAAGCAGCUUCUUAGUUCUUUGCAGCCUGUCUCCAGCUGGACUCCAGCCCCAGUCAGAGCCGAUCUCUCCUCGUUCUCCUGCUGCUACGGAGUUUCAUCUAAUCCAGGGAAAGGAAUCGUCCAAUUAGGUUGCCUGGUUGACAGCGCCGACAACAAAACGAGUCGCCUGAAUGGCAAGGCAAGAGAAAGAAAGCAGAGGAGCUAGGAAACAAAGGUUGUCAGGGGCUGAAAACCUACAUGAAGCCUGCUUCUGAGUAAAGCCUAUAGGAGGGAAGGUGAAGUCCCUUUCUUGCUGAAGGAGACAGAUUUUUUUAGCCCGAGACUGAAGCGAGAAACCUUUUCCUGCGCUGCAUUGCCUGACCACAAGCACUGGUUGCAAAAGGGAAAGGUGAUCUACCUAAAAGGAAAAACAGAUCAGAGCCGGUUUGUAAACCUAGGACAAUUGGUCGGUUGGAAUCGGGAGAUUUCUAGGCACUGACCAGCGAUGCUACAGUUCACCUGAUUAUUGUAAAGUGGCCCAGUAUCCCUUAUCUAUUUAAAUUACCACACUUAUAAAGAGAGGUAGAUCGAUUCCAUUGGUACACUGCACAAAGAAAGUCAAGGAGCUCCAGUUUAAUCAGAAAGAACUUUUAUUAUUUUCCUUCUGGGAAGAAAAGAAGCAGAAAGGAAGAAGGUCGACUCUGCGCAAAGGUGGUCUUGAGCUGAGCAACCCCGCUGUUUUAAGUGGGGAAUCCUUUUCUGAGAGACGUGGAGGGCGCUUCUGACACCUUUAGAUGCUUUAAGCUACAGGAGAUGCCAAUUAACCCCCUAGAUUUUCGUGGGGUUAGAACUUUUUAGAUUCUCCCAGAAGCCUCGGUGCUUCGUAUGUUGUUUCAAACCGUGGACGUCUAGGUGGGGAGACUCGGUUGAGCAGGGCACUCAGCUGCAAUCUCUCGGGCUCAGCUGGCUGCUUUGUUCUAGGGCUGAAGAACUAGGUUGUUGUGAAACAUGCCCAUGGUGUUGUUGUGAAGCUGAGGUAUGGCUGCUGGAAGGUUACUGCUCUACACUGGCCUCUCCUUAGCUCUCUGUGCCCUCGGCAUGCUGGCCGUGGCGAUCUGCUCAGACCAUUGGUACGAGACAGACGCCAGAAAGCAUCGGGACAGGUGCAAAGCCUUUACUACCCGUCGGGUCGAUCCAGGCUUCAUUUACAACAACAACAAUAACUUGCCGCUUAGGGCCAGUAGGUCUAGAUUGGACCGCUGGGAAGGGAAACUCCUCCGGGCCAGGAACCGGAGGCAGCUGUUUGCCUUGAGCGCUAUGGACGAGUGCAACCGUCAGUACAACUCCACCAACAUGGGACUCUGGAGGAAAUGCCACAGGCAGGGAUUUGACCAAGACCUGGAUGACCUCAUUCAAAAAGGAGAAAUCGAGCGAUGCACCUAUAUCAAGUACCACUAUUCCUCAGCAACCAUCCCCAGGAACCUCACCUACAACAUCACCAAGACCAUCCGCCAGGAUGAGUGGCAUGCCCUGCAUCUGCGCAGAAUGACAGCUGGCUUCAUGGGCAUGGCAGUGGCGAUCAUCCUCUUUGGCUGGAUCAUCGGGGUGCUGGGCUGCUGCUGGGACCGAGGCCUUAUGCAGUAUGUGGCAGGGCUUCUCUUCCUCAUGGGAGGAACCUUCUGCAUCAUUUCACUGUGCACCUGUGUGGCCGGGAUCAACUUCGAGCUAUCACGCUACCCACGCUACCUGUAUGGACUACCUGAUGAUAUUAGUCAUGGCUAUGGAUGGUCCAUGUUCUGUGCGUGGGGAGGCCUGGGCCUCACGCUUAUCUCGGGCUUCUUCUGCACCUUGGCCCCUUCUGUCCAACCUGUCCCCAGGACCAACUGCCCCAAAACCAGACCUGAAAAUGGGACAGUGUGCUAAAAAACAAAAACAACCCCCCCAUAUAUAUAUAUAAAUAUAUAUAUAUAUAUAAUAUACAUAUAUAAAACAGAAACUAAAGCAAGAUGGUGCCAGUGCCAAGAGAGCAUUGAGUUGGCUCAGGCACCCAUGUCUUCACAGAACUUUGUGUUGCUUCAUCCUUUCUCACUAAGAUGGGGAAAACUUUGUUGUCAUACAGCUCUUCCAUCAAUUCUUAACCUAUGGCUUCAUGAUUUUUUGAAGGUUGAGUGAACAUGCUCACUUGCAGUUGAAUCACACUUACUGUUACUAGUGAGGAUGGGUUGGUGAGCUGGGAAGGGACAGUAGCAAAUGUUUGAAGUAGCACAGGAAGUAGGAAAUACAGGCCAUCAAUUGGACCAACACGAGAAGAACCCACCACCCACCAAUAUUAAUUAGAAGAAACAAAACCCUUAGUUCACCUGUAGAAUGUAACCAACUCUUCGAGGCCAUUUUCAAAACCAUCUCUUCUCCCAAUGCUCCUGAUCGUCUUCCCCAACUGCCCCACCAGCUCCACACAAGAAUUGGAAGAGAAAACAAACUGAGCUGGAAGCUUUCUCUUUGCUUGCCAAACUUUUGGAUGAACAAAAGAGGGGAGGGGAAGGGGGAAGAGACCAACGACCCUGAGAGAUGACAUUUGCAUCAAUUCGAGGACGCUUCUGUGGAUGCUCAAACAACCCAGUCUAAUCUUCCAGCUGCCUUACAUCCAGGUUAAACAGAGGCUGCCCUGCCCCCACCCCCAUAUUCUGGGCAGGCAGGGGCCUUUGAGAAAUGCUGUGAUACAUGUGUGUGUAUAACUUUUCUGAUGGUUUUUUUUUCUUUUCCAACUGAAAUACUGCAAUAUGACUGUUGUCUAUAAAUUGUGCUGAUAUCUUGGCCCAGGCACAAGGGUCUGGAAAAAGUAGAGAGGAGGUGAGCUUGUAUGGGUGCCAAUUCUGCAACUGUAGAUUAUCGGAGGUGUGUGUGUGUGUGUGUGUGUGUGUGUGUGUGUGUGUGAGAGAGAGAGAGAGAGAGAGAGAGAGAGAGAGAGAGAGAGAGAAUGUGUGCAUGUGUGUAUUACUGAGGUGUUAUCAAUUGAUUUUAGUUUUUCUGUUAUUUUAAAAACAGCUCAAAAUUCCAGAUGGCAGAAUCAAGAGAACCAUUCAGAUAGGGGACUCUAUGGUUCUGCACAUUACUGGGGACUAUAUGGGAGUAGUCCUCUUAAUUUUGGAAGUUCAAGACAAAGCUGGGUAAAAAGCCAUUACAGAAGGAGAAAGGGGAACAAAGCUUUGGGGGGAGAAAGAAUGGUGCUUUUGGUUGAUGUAUGCUAAACAAGAUCUUUCUACUCCCUAUCAAUGGUAACUCCUGUUUCAUCAGUAUGUCUUCCUUCUGUACCAGUUCAGUCUCUGAAAAGAUGAAAGAAGAUAGGUUACAUGCAGAGAAAGAGAAUCAGUUUUCCACGGGCUCAAGUUUGUAUGAUAUUGUUGUAAGUCAACCAGGAACUUUUUACUCUUUCCGUCUUUUCCUCCCUCCGUCUUCCUCUCUUCCUCUUCUUCCUUUUCUUUCCAAUCUUCAAGGUCGUGAAUCCCAGAGCAGCUGACUUGGCUGCUGACGCCCAAGUGGAAGAAGGAUAAAUCCACCACCGUGUCUUGGAAUUGAUUUGAGCAGAUUGACAGUGAGGUAGCUGGAGGAGCCAGGAAGUGAACAAGGCAGGCACAAAGCCAGGAGAUUAGGAGUCUGCCAAAGAGAGUAGGAAAAGAGCACUUCCCAGAGCCCACCAUGUAUAGAGUGCUAUGCUGUGCUAUGCUAUUGGACGACCAUGAGAUAAAUGAGAGAAGCCCUGAGAUGGGGUCACUACAUAGCAAGUAUGAGGUAAAUAGCAAAUCUGUAUAAAAUGUGAUGUAUUGAUAAAUCAAUAUGCUGUGGAUCACUUGCUAACCAAUAAGCCUCUCCUGUAUCCAUUUAUAUUCCCUUAUUCACCUACCUACUCCCCUGUCAGCUUUUACCUUCUCUCAGCUUCCUGACUGUUCACCCAAUCCACCCCCCCACCCUUACCCACUAAGUCACAUAUCCUCUCACCGCUCUCAAAACAAGCUAUUUUUUUUGAACACGUGUGUGUGUGUGAGGUUAACUGUGUGGUGUCCUGGUGUGCAUCUGUUGGUCUGUGAGAGUGUACACCUGAAUGUACGUAUCUAUGUAUGUGGAGUAUGUAUGUAUGUAUGUAUGUGAGUGUGUCCGGCAAGGCUUCUCAAAAUUACGAUCAUAGAGGUACAGCUGGAAGGGAUCCCAGAAAUCAUCUACUCCAACCUCCUCAUUUUACAGGUGAGGAAACUGAGGCCAAGAGAGGUUAAGUGACUGGGGACUGAUGUCAGCAUAUAUAAAGGGGGUCUUUGUAGUUAUAUGACUAUGGGGGAAUGGGGAGAGGUGUCUGCAUAUAACCGUGACUGUUACUAGCAUAUAACCAGAAUAAGAAUUAUUUUUUAAAUGGUGGAUUUAUUCUACAGGAAAGAGAAACAGCUAUCAGGAAAACCUGCAGUUUUUAGAACUAUAGGGAAAGGUUCUUAUCCUUUUUUUUUACUUUGAAAAGUAUGAUUUCCUCCUAGGGGGAAAGGCAUAAAUGCCUCUUUGGGCAUGAGGAGGAGUGAAGAGACGUAUCUCAGAUUGAGAGCCAUUUUGCCUUCAUUCCCGUCUUGGGGAAGAAAUGUUGGUCUGAGUUUGUGGGCAAAUGGCCAUGCUUGGAAGCCUUCCUUUGGGGAAGGAGGUUUGCCUGUGCCUAAAGAGUUUCUGAAGCCAAACUCCAAUUCCUUGAGUAAGUAGAAAUUUUCCAGAUGGUGGCAACUUGGCACAGGUAAUUCAUUGCAUUUUUUUUAAGUCACCAAACCUUUGGGUUCUGGCCCCUAGAUACACCAUUGUUUUUCCCUUCUUAUUUAUUCUAUACUACCAUUAAUAGCUUUUCCAACUUAUUAAAAUGCUUUCUGGAGGCUGGUGGAAGACUGGGGUGUUGGAAUGUUUUGUUUCGUUUUUAAUUUUACCUUAGUCCCUAAGCUUUAGACUUUUCAAGACUUGAAUACUUCUCAAAUGUAUCAUGGGUUCCUAGAGACCAGGGAAUCAGAAUCUUCUGGUUAGUUCUCUCCACUGAUGCAGUCCUAUAUAGAUAAGGCUACCUCUGACCUCCAGCCAGCAAGCUGUGUAUAUUGAGUUGCUUUUUCGGACAUGGGGAUAGAUUUGUCCUGAUUCAUCCGAUGUCUCUCUUACCUGAAUCUGCUUGGGACAGCAUGCUUACAGCUGGCUAGGACUAGAAAAGAAGUCUGUUGUCAUGGAACACAGCAAAUGUAGCUGGCCCACAGGGGAAUUAAAUGACCAAGCUCCAGCCAGCUGAACUAAACACUGCAGUUCUUCAUACGGAAAUGUCCACAAUUAGGCCAGUCACUUGUAUCUUUGGGAUUUGUAAGGACAAUCUCAAACCUAGUCAGAUUAGUAUACAUUUUGAAAGACAUCUUGGGACUAGACUCUCUCUCCUCCAAAUUCCCAAUCUAAGACCCUAGCCUCCCAAGGAGAUUUGGGGUCAAUGUCCUCCCCAAAGUCCUCACAGGUAAAGUAGAGCCCUCAAAUCCUUUGCAGUUGUGUGACUUUGAAUGAACAUGAAGUACAUCUCAGUUUGUAUACUAUGAAAUGCUGGUACAGUAUAGGGACCCCUUUAACUCCUCUUCCCAGCCUUCCUAGAAUUUUUCUGACAACAUUCCCUUGUAAGGGGAUUAAAGGAGCUAUUUUGAUUGUUUUGACCCUAUUUCUUCCUUACCGUUCCUUUCCCAGUUUUGGUAGGAAAAGUUUCCCUUCCCAAUUUGCUUCCCCCAAUCUGUCCCUAAUUCUAGCCUGUGCAUGGUAUUUCCCAUUAGGAUCAGUUAUUAAUCAUUUAUUGAGCCGUCCUUAGGAAGCCAAUGUAUCCCCUUAGAAACAAUGAGACAAUUCCAUUUGUUGCCCUCACCCAACACCACACUGACUUUUUAAAGGAAAACAAUCUACCAGAAAUAAAAUGUGCCUAUCUCUUGGCCCAGCCCUACCAAAUCUCCAAUUCACCUGACAAGUGUUACUGUUUCAGUUUUUUGAAUGUCAAUAUAAAUCCUAGGACAAAGGUCAUUACCAUACAGGGGCUUUCAUGGGGCAUUAUCCCUAUUUGGGGUACCCAGCCCCAGCUGGAAGCCUCCUAUUACUAUCACCCCAGUUACCUACAUUUUAUUUGUCCCCAGAACUAUUUCGGGGGCACCCAUUAAUUACCCAAAUGCUGCAGAUGGCCCUGCUGAGGGAUUAUUGCAAAUGAAGACUAAUCUUUUCUUUACCAGAUAUUUUAUCUGCCACAAAUUGCAAUCUGUCAUUUGAGCAUACUCAUCCCAAGAUUGUGGGAGAUGCUGGCAAAAAAAAAAAAGUUUGUCUUGACUUUUCUAACCAUCUAUUUUGGGAAGAGGCCACUUUCAUAUAUAAACUAAUUUUUAGUAAGUAUAUACAUUAUGGUCCAGAGACCUGAAACUAAAAGCCCACACAUAACAGUCCGGAUGUUGUAUUUAAUUCUUGGGUGUGAUACUCUUAAGUUGAAUUCAGGAUGGUAGAAUCAAUUGCUUCUCUCAGGAAUGGGUAGAUUUACAGUCUUUUCCUACAAAUGAGUUGUCCAGUAAUUAGAAGAUUUUCAGAUCUCUUAAGGGAGAGGAGUAAAGGAAGUCAAGUAGGUCAUCCUCUUCUGAAAAUCCUGAUAUACUUCUUGGUUUGUUUUGGAAGCCAAGGUGAAAUUGCAUUUCCAUAGAAAUUCCCAUGGGAUCUAAGUCCCAUACUUAGGUGUCUCAAUGGUCAUACAGAAGGCUUUAUCAUCAAAGUCUGGUGAUGAAAUUGAGGUGAUUAUGGUACAGAGUGGAAUAGUUGAUCCAUACCUUCCAUACUCCCCUCAGCUGGAAUGCCUCUUUCUCGUCUAGGUAAUAUGGGGGUUGUGACUAUAAAACAUGAUGAAUAUUUUUAAACUAAUUGACCAGAAAUUUAAAAAUCCAAAUGAGUGCUAUCCUGUUCAAAAUGAUAGCCCUAGGAGGCUAUAGGACCUAGCCCCAGCGAUAGUACCACUGCUUAAAGCAUUCUAGAAUGCCUUCUUUGGAAUGGUUUUUAGGAGCCUGUGAUACAUUUUUUUUUGGUAUUCCCAGAUAGUGGCAAAUCUUCAUUCAUCCUUUGAGAAUGUAGAUUAUUUUUUUAAAGAAGCUGCAAAAAGUAAUUUACAGUCAAGUCAGGUGAAUGAGUUAGGUGAUCAAACUGGGUAAAGACAGGACAGAUCCAAAACAAAGUAUAGCUCUAAAGGCAAGGGGACUAAUUUUGUGUGUACUUGUAAGUUAUUCCAAAGGACUCCCAGAACUGUUUGUAAAUAAUGAGAGCAUUAUUGGAAUCAGUGUCAAUACCAUGACUCCCACUUCCUGUGCCUGAGGGGCCACAGAAUGGCUAAGUGAGUUACCCGUGGGCAUCUAGCUAUUAAAUGGCAGACUGAAUGGAAGCCAAGGUGAAAUUGCAUUUCCAUAAAAAUUCCCAUGGGUCCAUGGACUCAGGUGUCUCAGUGGUCAUACAAAAGCCUUCACCAUCAAGGGCUGGCAUUGAGACUGAGAAGGGAUAAUAAUACAGAUUGGAAUAGCUGAUCCAUACCUUCCACGAUCUUCCCAAAUGGAAUGCUUCUUUCUCAUCCAGGUAAUAUGGGAGAUAUGACUAUAAAGUAAGAUGAAUAAUUUUAAACAAGUAGACCAGAAAUUUAAAUUCUUUUGAACCCAGAUGAUUCUAAUCCCAAUACCCUAUCCUCCUUCAUACUUCCUCUCCACUGGAGUAAAUGUAUGGGCUCCCAAAUACGUUUUGAAGGGGAGAGCACUCAUUUUAGAUACACAUAUUUCAGUGUGUUUGCUUUAAAAUAUGGUCAUGCUUUGUCCCAGUUGAAUACAUAUUGAAAGCAGAAGGCAAGAAAAUAAUUUCUUUCUAUUCCUAAUGAUGGCAUUAUUUUUGCCUCCCUCCCUCUUCCCCCAAAAGUUCUUAGAGAACUCCUUCCACUUCAGAGAAUCUACAGGGAAUUAGUUCUCUAGAAGGUAUCUGAUGGUCUCCUGAAUGUCACAUAUAAAGGAAGGAAGGCAAUGGACAGAGAGAAGCAAUGAAAAGUUUAGAAGAAACCAAGUACAAGAAGAAAGGAGAGUUGUUGUGUUUCAGGGUAUUUUUUUCCAGUUGUGGCAUAUCAGAGAUAGUUCACAUUUGUCCCCAAAGGAGUCACUUAGAAUACCUAACUCUAGACAAAGCACACAGAUGGUUAGAGAAGGCUGGCUAUUUUUAUUCAGUUUUGUCUGGGAUGAGCAACCCAGAGAUGUGCUCAUCUGAAAAAAUUUCUGAUUGCUAUAUGGGUACAUGGCAGCAGCAGCAGGAGGAAAGGGUUUGAAAUCUAAGGAGACUUUGCAACAGGACCCACCUUAUUAGAAGAUGGAACAGUUUACCACCUGAGAAAUGGGCUUUCAGGAACUUCAGAAAGGUUCCUAACCUUGAAUGAUCUUUCCUAUUUAUGGGUGCCCCAAGUUUCACUGGUUAGUUCAUUAAGCUGUUAUCAGUCAGUUAUACCUUAGUACAAACAGGAAUCUGAGAGCAGAUUUGGACAAGAAGAGACACAGAGCAAGCCGACCUAUACGAGAUUUAACAAUUUUGUCUAGGUAGGGCCGGCCAUGUUAUUCUCUACAUAACAAAACCUAAUCUAGAGCAUAGUCAAGAGGCAUAAACUCUAAAAUUAUCUUAUAAGAGAACUAUAUGUAUUUUUAAAAGGUAAUGCUGUAUGAAUAGAUUAGUAGGAUUAUAAAACACCAGGUCUGGAAGACACCUUAGAGAUCAUGUAGUCCAGCUCCCUAAUUUUAUGAAUGAGGAAACUGAAUCCCAGUCAUUCAGGUUUCGAACCCACGUUUCUCUCCACACUUAACCCAGUGUUCUUGUCGUACCUUAUAAUGUCUCCCUGGAUACCCCAGAGUCUACAAGACUGUUCUUUGACAUCAUCACUUAAGUCACCUUGAUGAUGGCUCCAUGUUAACUUCCCUACAAGAUAGAUAAUGAAUCAAUUUCUGCAGGUUGCUUUUUGUAGAUGUCACCACUAACUUCUUGGUUUUUUUAAUUAUUUUUUUUUCUAAUAAUACGUAUGAUUUGUACUGGUCUUCUCCAGGCUCUAGUUUCCUCGUGUGAAAUUAGAGUGCUGAACCAAAAACCCCUAAGGUCUAUUCUGACCCUAAAUUCCUGAAAUCACUCUAUAUUCCCUGACCCUAUCAGUAACACAUUCUAGGUUAGAGCCCAAGUUAAGGACAUAUUCUAUAAUUAUGGAAUAAAGGAAAGCUAACUGGUCCAUGCAGCAAUGAAACCCACUGUAAAGCAGUUUGUAAAAAGAGAGCCCCAUAUUUGGAGACAGAGAACUUGGGCACAAAUCUUCUCUCUUCUGCUUAUUUAACUGUGUGACCUUGGCCAAAUCAUUUAUCCUCUCUGAGCCUUGGUUUCCUCAUCUGUAAAAUGAGAGAGUCAGACUUGAUGAAGUCAGUCCUACCAGUCUUAGAUCCUUUGAUACUGUUCUUUCCUAUAAUUUUGGCAUCAUUAGCAUAGUCCUUGAAUCAAAUGAGCAAGCUUAACCACAGACAAAUGGUGAUUGAGACACCAAGAGGUUCAGUAUCUGUCAGUGAUACAACUGGAAGAAAGCUUUAUGAACCUUCUUCUGGAUUUUUUUUUUGGUGGCAUCUUAAUCUAAUUAUAGAUGUAAAGGCACUAAGGUCAGAGUGACCCAAUAAUUAAACAACAUAGGGAAUAUAUACUUGAACUUUGGCUGGCUUAUUCUCCCCUUUCUGUCUUUAAACUUCCUUAUCUCUAAAACAGGGAUAAAAUUCCAUUUUAGCUCAUGGUAUUGCAGGGAUGACAGAGAAGGAAAAAUGAGAGUAAAUCAACUUGCAAAUAUAAAGUGUCAUCCCAAUGAUGCAUUGUUCCAUUCAUCCUGAGACAGGAAAAUCUCAUGUCAUCACUCUUCCCCUGUAGUUAUUGCAAAGCCCUACUAAAUCCCUAUGAUUCCAGUGAUCUUGGGAACUGACAGAUGAGGAAACUCCCUCUGUGAAUUCAGGUCAGCACCUCCUUGACAAAUUAUAUUAGAGUUGCUUGGGGGCACUGAGGGGAUAAGUGAUGCACCCAGGGUCAUAUAGCCCCUAUUUAUCAAUAGUAGUACUUGAACCUUGAUCUUCAUGAUUUUGAGGUUGAGCUUCUAUCCCCUUCACUAUACUAACUAUCUCUCUCAUAAUAUAAGAAUUUACAAGGGACCUUGAAUCUAAAUCUGAAAUUGAAUCCUUUCCUGGCAGGUACUCCCAUCUUGUAGUUUCAGUGAAAACUAUACAAGUAUUCUGGGCAGAGAAAAAUCUAUUCUAUUUUUAAUCCCUCCAGAGAAGGAGAUUCCAUAACCUUCAGUCACUCCCUCCAGAGUUUUUUCCCUUAUUUCUAAUGCCAAGCCUGCAUAGGUCAAUUUGAGUAACUUUCCUCUUAUUUGUCCCCAGAGAUGGUAGAAUAGAGCUGACCAUAUGGGGCAAUUAGCAUAUACGAGCUGGAACAAUUAGCUAUUAACAGAACCACAUAGUGUCCAUUCUGUAUUCACCUCUCUUCUCCCCAAUCCUUCCCAGUUUGCUGCACAUGCGAGGAAAAAAACAAUAUUCUAGAUAAUUUUAUUUAAUUCCUAUUUCAUCCUUAAGAAGGCAUAUGUUUCAAGGAGUCAUACCUUCAGUUUUGAACUGUAAGGGGGACUUCCAGCAGGUGGGUUUGUGUGAUGUGGAGAAUUACAUGCUGGAGGAGACAGGAUCUUCACAGGGAGUCCACGGCAGCUUUGGGGAAAGUAUAUUUACUGUGGUAAAUUCAGAGUGUAGCUCCCUCCAGAAGUAGUACACUGGUGUGCUUAAGAAAUAUGAGCCUCCGACUCUCUGCUUUGUAACAGCAUUGGGGGGCCAGUAUAAUGGCAUUACUUUACUAUCAUGUGGAGGGAUGCCUAGGUGGUAAAACUCAACUGAAAACAGGGGAACUCUUUCCCUCCUGGUAGUUUAGUUGUUUAGUAUCGAUAACCAAGAUGGGAACUUCAGUAAAAAUUGAACACAGAGUCUCAAAAAACAUCCUGCUAUGUGUUCGGCAGAAAGUGACCUUGGUGAAUUUCAGCUAAGUUAUUUAGUCCCAAAGGACUGGGUGCUGCAUCUUCAGAUGCUCUAUGCUCCCUUCUCCUCUUUUUCUCCCAUUUCCCCCUUUUUCUCCUUCCAACUAAGCUUUUCCUUUUCUUUUAGAGGUCAACUGCAGACGCUUUCUAGCCUGUGUGUUUCUGUGUGUAUGUUUUCAUGUGAGCGUGUUGCCAUGUUUCCUGUAAAGAGAAGAGCUUUCAUUAAUUCAUUUUCAUCCUGCCCCUUGCCCCCAUCCACAGUGUGACUAUUUUACUAUCCAAGAUAUCUGUAAAAAAUGUGCAAAAUAAAAAUUGACUAGAAAUUGAAAAAGAGAAUAAAGAGUAAGGAAGUAGAGCAUUCAUUAAAAAUAAAGACAACCUUCAGGUUUCUGGAGAAGCAUAGGGACUCCCCUGAAAUCAUGUCACUAGCUUCUUGUUUUCCUUUUUUCUGUCCGUAUCUCAUUUCAGAUUAAAUGAAGGGAGAAAUCACUGGUCCCCAUGCCAUUAAAAUCAUGGGGUUAUAGACUUAGAAGAGAACUUGGAAAUCAUAUAAUUAAAAUUCUUCAUUCUAUAGAUUGGGAAACUAAGACUCCGGGAGAUAAAGUCCCAAGUCACAUAGCUAGUGGAAGAGUCAAGACUAAAACCCAGGUCUACAGGCCAGGGCUCUUUCCACUGUGCCACAAUGCCUUUCUAUUUCUCUUCUGGCUACUUUUCUAGAUGUUAGUUAUCAGCUGUGAAACUCUGUCCCAAAGGGUUCUUGUUUAAAAGUAAAACCCAUUUUCCAAAAGGUAAAACUAACACAAGUCAGCAGGAUAAGAUUUAGCUUAGUAGACUAGAAAUUAAGCUUUGGGGAUCCCAUGCAUAGCUUUGUCAGGGGCCUUGGAUGAGUCACUUUACCUUACCAUGCCUCAGUUUCCCUCUCUGCUACACAGACUUCCAGGGCACCGGGAAAUACUAAGUAUGUAGUAUAGUCCAGUUCCUGCUAUCUACUAUGCUGUUCUUCCUAGGUGAGAUGCUACCAACUUGUGCUAAUACUUCCUCAUGGCACUGAGCUUAAUUCAGUGUUACCCUUGCCUCCAUCUCACUUCCUAGUCUCAUGUCCCUGGUUAAUAACCUCAAGCAAGCAGCCAGUUUAUACUCUAGGUCCAAAGCCUUUUCGUUCUCAUAUGCCUUUCCCUACCUACUUUUAUUGUCUUUCCAAAGGCACAUUUUGGUCCUAGAAUAGGAGAGAGUACAGAGGUCUAAAUAAAGCAAGAAGCUCCAUAAAUAAUGUCAACCAAAUAGGACCCAUUUCCUAAUGCAUGCCCACGAAAAGGGGUUUGGGAUGACAACAGAUAGCUUUUAUAAGCAGCAGUUUGGACUGAGGUAGAGAGGCAUGAAACAGAACAGGGAACCUUUAAAAAGAGUGUCAGUUUAGGGGGCUGCUGGAAAAUGAGUCAUUAGAAUAGGAAAGGGGCACAUGCUUUCUUGAGCCAGUAUUUAGCAGUAGCAGAAGAGAAAAGCUUGUCAAAGGGGAGACCUGUUAGGCACCAAUGAAUGUUGAGGAUGGGGGGAGACACAGAGAAUCAAAGUUGGCAGUGCCCACCGCAAGACUGGAGAGAAGACAAGUGGCCCCAGGGGUAGGAGUAUACAACUAGCUUGGCAAGCAAUCCAAACUUCUCUACACUUGCAAAUUCAUUCCUUCACAAUCUUUCACUUUAAAGACAUUCAUUGUCAAUGAGUCCUCAGCUGACAGGCCAUGUGCGGAUUCUCCUGAAAAUCUGUCUUGACUUUCUUUUUGGACUGAUGAGUAUUCUCACCCGAGCUGAGUCACUCUGUGUUCAUCACAGCUGGCUAAAGAAAGAGGUAAACACGUCCUUAGAUUUAGGAGUCAAGACUGGGCUGCCACCACAUAUGUCUUCUCCAUGCUCCUCAUCUCAGCCAGUAGUGUCGGGAGAUGGAGGCUCAUUUCCAUCAUAAGCAGGGAAGUGAUUAGACUUCACUUUCUCUGAAUGACAGCCUACAGCCAUCACCCUUGGCCACCUACUCAACAGAACUCUACAGCCCAAAAAGAGUGUUUCCUUAACCAGAGUAGCAUUACUCACUACUCUUUCCCAAGUUUGUGUCCCAUUACAUAUGGGAAAAUAACCCACCCCUUCAGCAAAUUUUUAGAAUGUGGUCCAAUGACGCCCUGCUGACACCAUCCCUACCAACAGCUUCAAAACUGAGGCUGUUUACUCAGUCCUUGAUUCCCCCAAUUUGUUAGGCUCAGGACUUUUGCCUUAAAUUGAAAUGGUAAAAAGAGAUGGUUAGGGGUGAGGGGUAAUUAUUUUCGGUUUGUGUUUCCUGGGCUCUGACAACAGCUUUGCAGCUAUUAUCUACACGCUACGUAUUUACAGUGGGCCUCAGUCUCCUAUCACCUAUCUCCCCACUAUGCAUGGAGACCCUCCUUCUGACUGGAGACUCCAAUGUUCAGGGAAAAGAUAAAAUGGGAGGUCAGCCCAAGGAUGGGGAAUAAAAUAUAUGUAACUACCUGAGUGUUCCCAAAGCAUUUCAAAGAGGCAGUUUGAGAAGGUACGACUUAAAACAUAGCACUCUAUACCCUGUAUUUCAGAUAGGAAGAAAAUGAGUGGGUUUGGUAUUUUUUAUACAUUGUCAUGAGACUAAAACUAUAACUGGCAAAACACUGAAACAACUGGAAUUAUUUCUAGCCCACCAGAACAUUGCUCAGCCAAUACAAAAUUACUUACCUUUACUUUUAUUUGCAUAGUGUUUUCUGAUUGGGUAGACAAGGAGUGGUGUGUCCUGCAGGAUUCUAACAUCUCUGCUACCCUUGGAGAUAGCAAAUUCCUGUGGUUAUUGGUGCUAAAAUAAGAUUAAAUACUAUGUUAAUUUGUUCUGAUAUGAUGUGAAUAAUUGUGUUGUUUAAUCUUACCAAGAAUGCAACAUCUUAUCAGAUCUAUUGUACUGUCUGUUCCUUCUCGUAAUUAAUUACAGGAAAGAUGAUCAGAACCAGAUUUUAAAUUAUUGUGAUAUUCUGAAAAGUCAAUUUAACAGGGAAGUGGGAGGGGGGGAAUGAAAAGGGAAAUUGUCAGGUUCCUGCGACUCUGAAAGGACUGAGGAAGAAGAGAGCAUUUUGGGACUUCACCGAAAAACUGACUGCAUCUUGCAAUUUUCUUUUUUAAUUGGCAGAAAUAUUGUAUUUUCAUCGAUUGAAGAAAAAAAAGUGUCUGGUAAUUAAUUAAAUGACUUGUUCAUGGAAAAAUAAUAAAUAAUCUGUCAGUUGUGGAAUGUAAACUGAUUAAACAAUUAAAUAAAAAAGA